CUCGCUCAGAGCCGCAGUCACGGCGAGAGAGUCAGUGUAGCUUUGCGGUCCCGACGGGACGGAGUGCGUGCGCGGCAGCCAAAAUUCUUGAGCUCGAGAUGACCCGCGGCCGGUGCGCACCGCCAGUGCCGCCGCGGCCCAGCAAGGUGCGUCGGCAGGCGCCGCCCCCGCCGGCCGCCCCCAGGGUGUCACACUGGGUGGAGUUGCGCGAGGGUCAGCCGGUCAGUCUGUCGCGCUGCGAGAUCACCGUCGGCCAGGAGCCGCCGCCGGUCGUCGUGCCCGUCGCCGCCGACGGCCUCCCGCCCCUGCCCAAGAGCCUCUGCGUCGUCAACACCGGCCGCAGGCCCGCCCCCCGUCCACCCCCGACCUCCACCCUCGACCUCCAGCUUGCCAUCCUCAGGCAGGAAAUGGCUGGCCUGAGACAAUUGGACGUGUCGCUGCUCUCGCAGCUGUGCUCCCUGAACCAGAGCAUACAGGAGUUCCGCGCCAUGAUUCUGCAGGAGGACGCAGAUGAGUUGCCCCCCUCGCGGCCCCCCUCCGAGACCUCCAACGACGACCAGCAGUCCUGCAGCUCCGCCUGACGCCGGCCCAACUCUCUCCUCGGCCGUCGGACGCGGACACAGUUGUUGUUGUUGUUGCGGGACGUGUGCAAGGACAGCCAAUUUUACCUUCGUUUUGUAAUUCUCACAGUAGCGCAAAUUUUCGUUAUUUUUUCGUUCAACCUGGUUAUAUUUAUUUUGAGGUUUGCCGGGUGUGCAUCAUGAUUGAAAAGCCCAAAAUUGUUUUCUAAAUUUUUGAGGAGUCGUCCGAGUUAAGUCGUGUGAGAUUUUAUUUGUGAUUGUAAUUGGUCCAUUGGUGUCUAUGGGAGUUUGUACAUUCAAGUGAAAUUGUCUCUUAUUUAUUUAAAUUCAGACCAUGAUUGGUUUCAGAAUCAAACAUCAUUUUUCCCUAGAAAUGAUUUGAUCUCUUUCUGAAAUUGUUUCCCCUGAAGAGCAUCAAGUACCCACUAUAGACUAAUUAUUAUUACUGCACUCACUCGUGCUGCUUCCAUUUAAUUUGUAUUGUAUAACUUAGCAUUACUGUAUUAUAAGAUCAUUAAGUGUGUAUAGACCGUGAAUAAAAUCAAUAUUCGUACAUGUACAA